AUCGUCCCUCCUCGUCAGCAGGAUAUCCAGUUGUAUACUUCCAUAGAAUCAUAGAAUCUUUUCAUUUGGAAGGGACCCUCACAGGCCAUCUGCUCCAACUCCCCUGCAGUGAACAGGGACACCUACGGCUCCAUCAGGUGCUCAGAGCCCUGUCCAGCCUGACCCUGAGUGUCUCCAAGGACAGGGCAUCCACCACCUCUCUGGGCAACCUGUGCCAGUGCCUCACCAUCCGCACUGUAAAAAGCUUAUAUCCUUGCAUCCAAUCUAAAUCUCUCUCUUUUAGUUUGAAACCACUUCCACUCGUCAUUUUACAAUAGACCCUGCUAAAGAGUCUGUCCCUUGCCUUCUUAAAGCCCCCAAGUGCCAUUAUGAAUGACAUUCCCCUAACUCUUUCCUUCGCUGGAUGCAGCUGAUCAAGAUGGGAUGUUGGGAAGCAAGCUGAAAAGCUGAACAAACUAUUGCCUAAGCUUGCAUGUCCCUCUUUCUGGGAAUACUGCUACUGUGGUGCACGCCAGGCUAAAGAGUUAGAUGUGGACUUCCUAUCACUUGUCUUUUUGGCCUCGUAAGAAAAAUCUGCACCAUCUGCGUUCACUGGAACGGUGUUUAAGAGGAGUGAGGUAGGCUGUAUUUUUUAAAAUCAAACCUUACAACCACAUUAUUGGUGAUAAUUUAGACUUGUGCUGUAAAUAAUGUAAACCCUCUUGGGAGACAAGGUCUCGUCUUGUGAAAAUCAGCUCCCAGUUUGGUAUCUUUGACAAUUUCUCUGUUUGACUUAUCUUUGGGCUUUCAUUUUGGUGGCAUAAAAGAGCCAUGUGUGUGCUUCUAGAUACUCAGAUUGUUUAAAAAAAUAAAAUAAAAUAAUCAAAAUAACUGAAGUAUACAGUGUACCAAUGGGGCUUGCAUUUUGAGUAUUGCAACACAAGGUGUUCUCUGUUCUAGACUGUAAAUAUUUAUCUCUUGUCAAAGCAAGGCAGUUACUACUGGGAACUGAUCUGGCAUGCAAAAAGGUUUUCCUUAAGGAAUUUGUUUCCUUUUAUUUACAGUGUUAUCGUAUAUUUAAAUUCCAGGGCCUCAGUGUAUAGCUCUGAGGCUCGUUCUUAACACUGGCAGCGAAAACCUAAAUUAUCGCAUCCACUGAAUGCAGAUAACUGAGUUCAGAGCAUAUGUUGUAACCAGCCAACAAGUGUGGGUGUGAAAAUCAAGCAAACAUAGGAAAAGGUACCGUCUUCCUGCAGCUGCAGGAGGCUGCUGAGUGAGGAUGACAGCCGGCCGUGUCACUGAGUGCCUUCUUGGCAGCAGGGAAUUUGCUUCCAGUGACGACUUCUGGGGUGGCUGCUGAUAGAGAGAGCACGGCCUGAGUGCAGGUGUAGUGGUCCUGCGCUUGGCUGUUGCUUGUCCCUUGCACUCCUCACCCUGUGGAUUUUGUCUCCUUGAGCAGGUCUUCACAAACAUUUGAGUUUCCACUUUUAGCCUCGCUGACAGCACGCCUGUUUUGUCCUAAGCUUUCUGCAGGAGCUCCAGUGCUGUGUGUUGUGCUGAGUGCUACCUGCGGGGUCCUGCUGCUCUGCACAGAUUUAUAGGUGAUGAUGUGAAGCCUCGCUGCUGGCUGAAGCUUGUGAUUUUGAGGAGCUGUAGGCUGCUUUCAUCUCUCUGCAGACAUUUAUGUUGCUGGGAAGUUGUUUCUGAUCUGUUGUGCCAUAUGCGGGAGACUUAGUCUGGAAAAGGUCUGUUUUUUACUUUAGCUUUUCUGUAUGCUUACUGUUUGAUACUGACAGUUGCUGAAGCUUCUGUGCUCCCUAUGCUUGCCAGGUAGAUGACAUCCCCCUGCACUUUGUCCCAAAAGAGGUCAAGGGCUGUCAAGCAGGUGUCCCAGCUGGAAUGCUUUUUUCCUCCCUUAGGAAACAGGCUCGUUACCAAAGCAGUGUUGUUGCCACCGCAGUAGUGAAGAGCUGCAUUUGCUCACCGGCACCGUCUGGCUUACAAAAUACAAGAUGAGUGUCUUAUGCUAUUAUCCAAACCCAGCUCCUGAGCUUGUCUCUCUGGUUCAGAGCUAGUAAGCUGAUAAAAUGAAGUGAAAAUGGAAAUAAAUGCUUUCUUUGGCUCCAGUGUCUAUAGAUAUAGAAUGUAUAUCUAUAUAAUAAUAUAUGAUGCGUCUGUUGGGUGUCUCUUCCUCUCAAAACUUCAAGAACAGCAGAUGCAUGUCCUAGUAUCACCUUUUGGAAACAGCUCUUUGCUUCUGGGGUUAUCUGCUACCAAGUCACGUCGGCUUCAGCACUAGCUCUGUAAGGUCAGUCUUCAGGGAUGUGCAGUCAAUGCAGCCUUUAUUUUCCCCUCUCUCUGAAAUCUUUUGCAAAAUUCACUGUUUCAUCUUCUGGGCAAGAAGCUCUUUCCUGAGGCAGCUUUUCAGGCUGUUUUACAGCUUAAUGUCGAGUCCUUUGUGUACUUCCAAAUGAGAGUAGUAAAAGAUAAACGUCCAAAGUGAUUCGUAAGUACUGUGAUAUUCAGAGUUGAAGCAAAUUUUCUACCCCAAAAAUAUCUCAGCAUUCCCAUGAACAAGAAGUAAGCUUGCCUUGGUCAGGGUGAACUGUUCUGCACAAUGUCUUGUUGAAGUCAUGUAGCUCACUUCAAUGCAGUAUAUUUUAGUGGACUUGAAGUAGUUUGCACACGCUGUUGGUUUCUUGCACUCUCAGUAGAAAUGUCUGUGCAUUUGCAUAUUUACUGCUUGUGUGCAUGCAGAUCUAUCAGCAGCCCCCGUUCCUUUCUGCUUGAUCUUAUCUCUCCAUUCCAUUUCAGAAAUAAAUUCCUGCAAUCUACUUCCCCUCGCUCCAGCCUUGGAGCAUGCUUUGCAUGCUGAAUGUCUUGAGGUGACAGAGGCACAUCUACUUUGCGGUGCUUGAGGCUGCUAGAAUUUAAAACUGGCACCAAAACAUAUGAUUUCAGAGGAUGCUAAAAUCCAAAGUAGUUGUCUGUCUUCAGUACCGUGCCAUGACUAACUCUGCAUGUUCUCAGAGUUCCUACAGGAGGGGACUGAAGCAUUAUCACUGUCUCUUUGGCUGCUUUUUCCUCUUGCAUAAUAUAGUAUUCUAAUCGUACGUUUGUGGGGACACCAGAUUUCUCCAGGUGAUGAUUAAAAACAACAAUUAAGGAUUUUGCAAAUGUGUUGCAUUCCCUCAUGUCUGUAUGUUUUGGAGUAUGCACAUAGGAGGUCAGAAGGUGAAGGACGUACUGUUCAGCACAGCUUUGGUGGCAUGUGGCUGCUCUUCAUCAAAGCCAAGCAAUUUCUGGUGGUGUGUUCACUGAAACUGAGCAUGGCCACGUGAGGAGGAUAUCUAAAAGUGUGCAAAGGUGUGAACACCCAGAUCCCAGAAGUGUGAAUAAGAGGCUUCAAGUUUGGGCUAUGAUGCUCUGAUAAUUGACAAUGAAGACUGAAGAGAGGAAAAACAGCAUUUAAAUUGCUUUGCUUGAUUCCUUGCCUGUCUUACAGAGAUGAAAAUGGUAAUCUACAGCACCUUGAGUGAAAUAAGAUAGAUACAGAAACUUGACAAAACAUGAAGCCCUGCAUAUAUGGGCUGUGGAGUUAAGCCUUCCUUGAGGGUAGGGAGCUGAAGUCUUCUCAAGUGGCAGCUGACAGUGUUUUAAAAUACACCAAGAAGAGACCCCAUGGCAGAUACUGCAUCAGUCCACAGAGUAUAUCCCAGUUUCUGUGCCAGUUGUGCCUUCCUUGCACAUGGUACGAUAGUUCUUGCUUGUCAGCCACGAGCUUGAAAUUUUUGACUGAAGAUUCAAGUUUUUAUUAGAGUGCUCUCGGUUAUUACAAUUUUAAUGCUAUUUUACUUCAGCAUGCAGAUUAACAUUUGUAUGGUGAUGAUGUUAACUUUCCCUUCUGGGCAUGUCUGUGGCUUGAGAGGGCAUGGCUUAUAAUUUAAAAACAAAAUGGAAAAGCCUGGAGUUUCUGUGCAUAGGAGGAUAUACCUAUGCUUUAUCUUCUUAUGGUGACUGCUGCCUGCUGAGUGGCUGGCUUGUUCCUGCAGUUAAAUUCUUGUUGCCUCAGCAGCUUGGGCAGGUAAGCCAGAGACUGAACAGUGCACCUUGUGUUCCUUGGGGUGGGAGGAAGGCACUUUGAAGGCAAAGUUCUAGGUUUUCAUCAGUGCAGCAUCCUAUAUACUCUUCAUAUAAAAUCUGGGGGUAGAUAGGACUAGAGGGAAUGGCUUCAGGCUGCACCAGGGGAGGUUCAGGCUGGAUGUUAGGAAGCACUACUUUUCCCAAAGAGUGGUUGGGUGCUGGAAUGGGCUGCCCAGGGAGGUGGUGGAAUCAACAACCCUGGAGGUGUUCAAGGAACGUUUAGGCGUUCUGUUGAGGAACAUGGUUUAGUGAGAACUGUUGGUGAUGGGUGGAUGGUUGGACUGGGUGAUCCUGUAGGUCUUUUCCAACCUUGGUGAUUCUGUGAUGCCAUGUUGGCAUUCAGAAAAGCUGUGCAAGUAAUGCUAAAUGCUACAUGCCGUAUUGCAUAGGAAAACAGGCACAUUAAAAGAAGAAAUGGCAAAGUAGCACCAGAAGUUGGAUAGGGCUGACGUCAGUUUAUGGAAGAUGGAGGAUGUGGGAGACAUGGUGCCCGUUCAGAAGGCUUCUACCUUCUUGUCCAUCUUUCUUACUACAGUGCAAAGCUGCCAUGCAGCAAGAUCUGGUACUGGGAAGAAUGGGGUAAUUAGGCUCAGUGAUGUGCCCACUCCUAUGGAAGAACAAUUGCAAUCAGAAGUUGCGUCUUCUAGUUGUGCCCCAAAUGCAGAAGGCUCUUGGGUUACUGCUUUGCAGUGGGAAGUGUGUUUUGGUUUUAGUAUUUGCUUGUAAGAAGAAAUGAAAUAGAAGAAAUGUUUCACUGCAAGAAAGAAGCAAGAAAACACAACAACUUUGUCAAUUCUAGCUUUUGUGGAUGAGAACAUGCUGCUGUUGAAUGAGUUGAGCUGUAGCCAGCAUGCAGGGUAAUUCUGCAUCGAGUGUCUUGACUGAUUUUAGUCUAUGCUGUUAGCAUGAUGACGUGGGUUGUCUUCCUUGCCAAAUAUACCUGGGUAUCCAUAUUAUAGAUGAAAAUCACAAAGAACUGUAAUGUUUUUCUUUGUAUCACUGUUUUCUGGUGGAUAGCAGACUGCUAAAUGUCCACUUGAAAAUGAUGCACCUUGUUUGCGGAGACCUUGAGGUGCAUUUCUUCCCAAGAGCAUGACAAGGGGCACAACUACAAGCAUGGUGCUGUUAGCUGGGAAUAGGCUACAUGGUUACCGUUGUGCUUGAGUGCUUGAGCAGGCAUCAUGAAGUUUCUGGUUGAACUUAGUGCUAGUUCGAACUAGCAUUACAAUGUUUGUUCUUAAAAAAAAAAAAAAAAAGAUAUUUUUUCAAGUUAAUGAAGUAAUUAACAGUGAUUGAUGACACAUGUACUUAGCUAUUUUCUGUUGGUAGACCAGAUGGGUUAGGCACAGCUAGUGACCGGUAAUUUUGAUUCCUUGUCAGAAGGAACAAGGAGUUCAGAUGUGGGCUGUAACAGCUGAGGUAGAACAGUAAAGUUCGAUGUAAAAAGUUGUGAUUUGCGCAUUUUCAGCAGCUGAGAAACUAAGCUGGAGUGAAAAUACAGUUGGAAAGCUGUAGGUUUUCAGUCGUUUCCCAAAGCUAGGUACUUAAAGGUGCUGGCAUCCUUUUUUGGCUAUAUAGUGCUACUUGGAAAGAGAAAAGCUGUGUGCGUAUGCUUGUGCAAGCAGGUGAAGAAGCUGUGCAUUUUGGACUUGUUUUGAAAGCUGCACUGUUAGGACUACAGGAAACUGGUGGCUGGGUCCACUUGGUUUGGUCAGCAGGGUAGAGAGAUGGCAGUGCUGCUGAAGUGUUACGAUGUGAUUUUAUUACAGCGAUGCAGUGGUAGGUUUUGAAACGUUGCUGAAGUUGGAAGUUGAACAAAUGAGGGUGAUGUUAAUGUUGGAGUUGAAGGACUGUGUUUGGAUCACAGGUAUUGAUGGGAAGCUCGUGCUCAUGCUGUGGUGCUUCAGUUGGAGUUGUCUGCUGGUCAGAAAACCUGCCUGGCACUGAGAAUGUUGUUUAGGAGGCUUUGAUUAAGACUAAUACUCCUUUUUUUAUCACUUCUCAAUCAAGUAUUUCUGAAGAGUUCUGGCUUCUUGUGCUUUUGAAUUAUUGAAGCUAUUGAAUUGUGUGCAGGGUGCUCUACAAAGGAGUGGAGAAAUAAGACAAAUGUUGUCCUUAAUAUGAUGGUAUUAAUCUACCUCCUGCUAAGCGUUGCGUCGAGCUGUCUGAUUUAAACUCUUCCAAGUGCAGGAAUACUAGGAUGGAGGAGAAAAAUGGAAUGAGGGAAGAACAGGGCUUCAGAAAUGGCCGAGACAGAGUAGAUUUUUAUAGGUAGCUGCCCAAUUUGUACCAACUCCUCCGAGGCUUCAGUGGCAGCUGGAGCAGGCUCCCGAGGCAGACUUUUAUCCUUUCUCCCUCCCACGCGGAUCCAUCUGUGAGACUGCUUGUUCUUGCUGCUCUUGCUGAGAAACUGGAUCGAGCUCAGAAGCAUCCUGCUCUUUCAGACCCUCUGCCAGAGUCUUGCUAGUCAGGGAAGGUUCUGUAAUCCUGCAAAUUUACAUAUUCCUAGGUUUUACACACAGUUGGUUGUAUUUCUCAAACUGUUGCUCUUCUGUGACCUGUGUUGGCUAAAAGGGAGGUGGGGGAGAAUCCAAGCCAUUGCCCACUUUAACUUGGAGCUCCCACAGGCUGAACAUGAGGUGAUAUUUGCAGAUUUGCUAGGACUCCUGCAGAUGAUAUGUUCACAGACUUGGGUUAUGUGUCAGAGAAUUUAGACCCACUUGUGAUGUACUUGAUUAUAGAACAUGCCAAGUUUGAAGGGACCCACAAGAGUCACCCAGUCCAUCCCCUGGCCCCACACAGCACCACCCAAACCCAAUGGCUGAGAGUGGUGUCCCAACACUCCCUGAGCACCAUCAGCUCAGGGCCGUGCCCAUUGCCCUGGGAGCUGCUCCAUGCCCACUGCUCUCUGGUGCACAGCCUUCUCCUCACCUCCAUGUGACACAGCUCCAUGCCAUUCCCUCAGGUCCUGUCCAGUAGCUUCAUGUGCUUCUGACACUGUGGCAUCCAACCUGCCCCCGGCACUUGAGGUGAGGCCACACCAAGCAGAGCACAGCUGAUAGUGUGGGGCCUGCUGCACCCCGGGGUGUGGUUGGCCCUUCUGGCUGCCAGGGCACACUGUUGUUUCCAAAAGCUUUUGUUGCUUCCAAACCCUUCAGCUUGGUUUUUUUUUUUUUUUUUUUUUUUUUUUUUUUGCACGUGUGUGUCUAUUUGAGAUACAUUGUGCAACACUGCCUCUACUGUAAUAUUUGUUAAGGUCCAGGUAUGGAGCAGCAGAUGCCUGCAGAUCCCCACCUCAGCUCUUUACUUGCGGUGCUCUUGGUGUAAAGUUGUGGAGAUAGGAGUAAUGUUUGUACUCAUUUGUGCUUCUAGUACUGAGGGGAAAGAGCUGCAGUUUCUUGGGAGGUUUGGUUGUGUCUGGUGGAAGCCCUAAGGCUUUCAUUUUUAGGAUACAGAGGAGGCACCUUCAGCUUUCAAAGUAAGUGUAAUUUUUGAUUGAAGGGGAGAUCUGCACGUGCCAGUAGGUGUUGCCAUGACAGAUUUUGUGUGGAACACACAUAAAGAAUAUUCUUCCAAGGUAGCCCUAGGUGUAAAAGUUAGUGAGGAAGGCGUGUUUAAAUUCCAGGCUUCUGCUGGGGCCAACCUUUAGUAGUGGCAGAUACAAGCUAAUUUGUCUUUGAAAUGGGUGAAGAGUGAUAUUGACUUCUACUGUAGUAUCAGUGUCUCCUGUAUUGUCAGUGUGGUCUGGUACUUGGGCUUUUGGCGUUAAAUGACUGAAGUGCAAGGGCUGCCAAUUGGAGAUCCAUUUGAGUCAUUGACUUGACUGAAACACAACUGAAAAAAGCUUUGGAAAAUCAGCCUUCAGAAGUCUGUGUGCCGUGGACAUUUGUAGUUGUGUGUUUCUUCUUAUAAAAAGAAAAUGACAAUGAAACUGUAGAAAACCUUUUUUUUUUAAUUAUUUUUGAGAAGUUUUGUUAGAUAUAAUGUAAUUACAUGCAUACAUUUGCUCCCCUUGAAUAGCUACGGAUUGGUCCAGUGAGGUCAUAAUUAGUUAAGUCUUUCUUACUUGUCCCUGCUGUUCAUUUCCUUUUGGACUGGAUGGUGAUUUCAGCGCAUGUGCAGCACUGUUUGUAUUGCAAGGCCUUGCUUGACAAGCCACUGUCUAAAAAUAACAGCAGGACUGCUCCAAAAGCAACUACCAGAAACUGUCUAGCAACGUAUUAUAGCCUUCCUUGAAGAAACUGCGUAAAUACGAGGUUCCCAGUUUGAAAACUGUUAGAAGAUACUCUGCCACCAUAUUGGAUUACUUUGUGUGCAACUCAGCAUGUCACUGUGCCCUGGAUUUUAUAAGGUGGCCAUAAUUUAAUCCCCACUUUCAGUUUCUAUGUAUCGGUGAAGCAUUGGAGCUCUUUAGAGCUACUGUUACUUGUGUGGAAACUGAUCCGUCUCAAAUCCCUUCUCCAAAGGACUUGACGUUACCAGCAAUGAGCUCCCAAAGCCAUCCAGAUGGACUUUCUGGCAGAGACCAGCCAGUAGAGCUGUUGAAUCCACCUCGAGUGAACCACAUGCCCAGUUCUGUUGAUGUGAGCACAGCACUGCCCUUGCAAGUUGCCCCAACCUCAGUCCCAAUGGAUCUGCGCCUGGACCACCAGUUCCCUAUGCCCGUGACAGAGCCGACGCUCCGUGAGCAGCAGCUGCAGCAGGAGCUCCUGGCGCUGAAACAGAAGCAGCAGAUCCAGAGGCAGAUCCUCAUUGCUGAGUUCCAGCGACAGCACGAGCAGCUCUCCCGGCAGCACGAGGCCCAGCUGCACGAGCACAUCAAGCAGCAGCAGGAGAUGCUGGCAAUGAAGCAUCAGCAGGAGCUACUGGAGCACCAGAGGAAGCUGGAGCAGCACCGGCAGGAGCAGGAGCUGGAGAAGCAGCACCGGGAGCAGAAACUUCAACAGCUGAAAAACAAAGAGAAAGGAAAGGAGAGUGCAGUGGCAAGCACAGAAGUAAAGAUGAAAUUACAAGAAUUUGUCUUAAAUAAGAAGAAGGCUUUGGCACACCGGAAUCUCAACCACUGCAUUUCCAGUGACCCUCGCUUCUGGUAUGGGAAGACACAGCACAGCUCCCUGGACCAGAGCUCCCCACCUCAAAGUGGCGUAUCCGGCACCUACAAUCACCCUGUCCUGGGGAUGUACGAUUCCAAAGAUGACUUCCCACUCAGAAAAACAGCGUCUGAACCCAACCUGAAAUUACGAUCCAGGCUAAAGCAAAAAGUUGCUGAGAGGCGGAGCAGCCCCCUGUUGCGCAGGAAGGAUGGCCCCGUGGUCACUGCUCUGAAGAAGCGCCCGCUGGAUGUCACAGACUCUGCAUGCAACAGUGCUCCUGGAUCUGGUCCCAGCUCUCCAAACAACAGCUCCAAUAACAUAAGCGCUGAGAAUGGAAUUACAGGAUCAGUCACGAGUAUUCAAGCGGAGACCAGCCUGGCUCACCGACUGGUGAAUCGCGAAGGUUCGGUAACACAGCUUCCACUCUACACAUCUCCUUCUUUGCCCAACAUCACACUAGGACUGCCUGCAACUGGCCCUUCCAGCGGAGGAUCAGCACAGCAGGAUGCUGAGAGACUUGCUAUCCCAGCCUUGCAGCAGCGGAUCUCUUUAUUUCCUGGCACCCACCUCACUCCCUACUUGAGCACUACAACGUUGGAAAGAGAUGGGGGAACCGCACACAACCCUCUUCUGCAGCACAUGGUCUUACUGGAGCAGCCAACUGCACAAACUCCCUUAGUCACAGACUGGUAUCUUUCAGGACUGCCCCUCCAUGCACAGUCUCUGGUUGGUGGAGAACGGGUCUCCCCUUCAAUACACAAACUCCGACAGCAUCGCCCACUGGGGCGCACGCAGUCUGCUCCCCUUCCCCAGAACGCCCAGGCCCUCCAGCAGUUAGUGAUCCAGCAGCAGCACCAGCAGUUCUUGGAGAAACACAAACAGCAAUUCCAGCAACAACAACUGCACAUCAACAAGAUAAUAUCAAAACCCAACGAGCCAGCUCGCCAGCAUGAAAGCCACCCGGAGGAGACAGAAGAAGAGCUUCGAGAACACCAAGCCCUUUUGGAGGAGCCAUACAGUGACAGAGUCUCAAGCCAAAAGGAGGUCCCAGGGCUGGCCAAUAUGGUGCAGGUGAAGCAAGAACCCAUCGAGAGCGAUGAGGAGGAAGCUGAGCCACAGCAGGAGCUGGAGUCUGGGCAGAGGCAGGCUGAGCAGGAGCUGCUCUUCCGCCAGCAAGCCCUCCUGUUGGAGCAGCAGCGCAUUCACCAGCUGAGAAACUACCAGGCAUCACUGGAGGCAGCUGGCAUGCCUGUCUCCUUUGGAGGCCAUCGGCCCCUGUCCCGUGCACAGUCCUCACCCGCCUCAGCCACCUUCCCUAUGUCCGUACAGGAGCCACCCACUAAGCCAAGGUUCACUACAGGCCUUGUCUAUGACACCUUGAUGCUGAAACAUCAGUGUACCUGUGGAAACACAAACAGCCACCCAGAGCACGCGGGGAGGAUCCAGAGCAUCUGGUCCCGGCUGCAGGAGACAGGUCUCCGUGGCAAGUGCGAGUGCAUUCGUGGAAGAAAAGCAACUCUAGAAGAGCUGCAGACAGUUCACUCGGAAGCUCAUACACUGCUGUACGGCACAAACCCUCUGAACAGACAGAAACUGGACAGCAAGAAACUUCUAGGUUCUCUAACGUCGAUGUUUGUCAGGCUUCCUUGCGGUGGUGUCGGGGUCGACAGUGACACAAUCUGGAACGAAGUUCACUCAUCCGGUGCUGCUCGCCUGGCUGUGGGCUGCGUCAUUGAGCUUGUUUUCAAAGUGGCCACAGGAGAACUGAAGAAUGGAUUUGCUGUUGUUCGGCCUCCAGGUCACCAUGCAGAAGAAAGCACACCCAUGGGCUUCUGCUAUUUUAACUCCGUGGCAAUUGCAGCCAAGCUGCUCCAGCAAAGACUGAAUGUUAGCAAAAUCCUCAUAGUGGACUGGGAUGUACACCAUGGGAACGGUACUCAGCAAGCUUUCUACAAUGAUCCUAAUGUUCUUUAUAUUUCACUACAUCGCUAUGAUGAUGGGAACUUCUUUCCAGGCAGUGGUGCUCCUGAUGAGGUUGGCACAGGAGCAGGAGUUGGGUUCAAUGUUAACAUGGCAUUUACUGGUGGCCUUGAUCCGCCGAUGGGAGACACAGAGUACUUGACUGCUUUCAGAACGGUCGUAAUGCCCAUUGCCAAUGAGUUUGCCCCAGAUGUUGUGCUCGUGUCAUCUGGUUUUGACGCAGUGGAAGGCCAUCCUACGCCUCUGGGAGGAUACAAUCUCUCUGCAAAAUGCUUUGGGUACCUGACGAAGCAGCUGAUGGGCCUGGCUGGAGGCCGCGUCGUCCUGGCCCUCGAAGGAGGCCACGACCUGACUGCCAUUUGCGAUGCCUCAGAAGCAUGUGUUUCUGCUUUGCUGGGAAACGAGCUUGACCCUCUUCCAGAAAAGGUUCUCCAGCAGAGAGCAAAUGCUAAUGCGGUGCAUUCAAUGGAGAAAGUGAUUGAGAUACACAGCAAGUAUUGGCAUUCACUCCAGCGCUACGCCUCCACAGUGGGCUACUCCCUGGUUGAGGCACAGAAGUGUGAGAAUGAAGAGGCUGAGACAGUGACAGCCAUGGCAUCUCUGUCGGUAGGCGUGAAGCCAGCUGAGAAGCGACCUGAUGAUGAACCCAUGGAAGAGGAACCUCCCCUGUAGCAUUCAUCUUCGAGCUGGAGUUCUCCUGUUUGUUCGUCUUCGUCUUGAAGCUCUGCCAAGAAGCUUUCUCUUGUUACUCCUGCGUCCUGUCAUGGUUUUUUCCAGAAUACAGAAGGACAACCAGGUGUAAAGCAAAGCAACCGAAAAAUCUCUCCAUAUCUAUAUGCGUCUACAGUAUAUAUUUGCUGAAAAUGAAAAAUGCUGGUGAAGAGCAGUAAAGGAUUGACAACGCUGGGCACUCUUCCUCUGGUCCUCACUGGGAGUGGAAAGGGGAACGAUGCCCGUGAAGUCUUUGGCAGAGUUGCCAAAAAGUCAAAGAUUCAACAACACGUGAAAAUAAAACAAACAAACCUUAACGUGAAACUGGUGCUUACAAUUUGAUUACCCACAAUUCAGCAAUCUCCGCUUGAACCACUUGACCCAUCUUGUAGUUUCAUUUCUUGGAUUUUUCAAAUGGCUCUUGCCUGCCUGUGAGUCAACGACAUUCUUGUUGAAAUCAGAACAAUGUGAGAUGGUGUAUUUUUAAUGGGGAGGGACAGGGAAAGAGAACUAGUCUUACAUCUAAAGGAAAGGGAAAGAGAGGGGGGAAACACAAAAAAGGAAAUGGUAGCCCAGAUGGAGUCGGCUUUAUUGUCUCCAAAGCCAUCUGAAGAUGAGUUUGUGCCUUUUUUUUUAAUUGAUGGAUAUGGUGCAGCUGGAUUUUUGAAGUUUGAGGAACAAUGCCUUAAGUAAAAAAAAAAAAAACAAAAAACACACAAAAAAAAGAAAACACAGCAGUUCGUGAAUAUUUUUCCUCUGGUUGGAAAGCCAAGAACUGCCAUCAGGAAGGAAGACUUUUUGGCUUGUGCUGGCAUGAUGGUGGGAAGCAGGCAUCAGCUGAACAGAGCGUCUCCAAAAACUGUCUACAAGUUUGGAUUUGUUUUGUUUUCUUUCAUUGCUGUUUCAAAAAAAAAAAAAAAAAAAAAAAAAGGAAAAAGAAAAAAUUAAGGUAGUUGCCAAGAAAGUGGCAAAUACUGUUGGGUCUUUGAAAUUCAACCAUUUUUAAAAUCAAAUUUUCAAAUGUUUUCUCUCUUCUACAUUAUCUAGUAAUUGAACUUAUCAAUUUGGUUGUUGAAGCAUGUAUUAGACACAAAUGCAGGUUUAAGACUGGAAUGCUUUUUAUUAAAAGCAACUAGCAUGAGAUAUUGCUUAAAUUGUUAGGUAUAAAUAUAUAUAUGUGUAUAAUGUAUAUUCCAAAUGUAUUCCAAGCUUAGAAACCGGAUUCCUAUGAAUUAUUGAUAAAAUAUUUAUAAUGCAUUUAUAGAAAAAUAUAUGUAAUAAAUGCAUACUAUAACAGUAGCCAUUGAAAGUUCCCUAGGGACAGAUUUGUGAAUUGGAACGUCGAGGUGCUUUUGGAAAAGGAUCCAGGUUGAAACUUGAGGACUUUCAGACAACAGGUUGGAAGGUUUUCAGAUUGCCAACACGUUAGCCACUGGGCAACUACCCUAAACAUUUGUAUUUUAAUUUAAGGUUUUUAGUUACGAUCCUUUUCUAAAAAAAAGAAAAAAGAAAAAAAAAAAAGAAAAAAAAAAAAGGAUGAGUUUUUUAUAGCAAAGACUAUGAAUUAUGAAUUUGCUGUUGAUUUUUAUAUCGAUAUUUCACAGAACCCUACAGAAGCCUUGUUUGUGUGAAUCUGACAUUUGUUUUCUAUUUGGCAGGUUUUGUUUCCGAAUGGCAAUAUUGUCUAAACCUUUCUCCUCCUAUUUUUUUCUUGCUUGUACAUUAUUUUCCUUUUCUUUUUCUUUCUUUCCUCCCUCCCCCCCUUUAAGUCUUUUGUACAGUGAGCAGCUUUCUGCAGGCGUAAGGAAUUGUUGCAGAUUGUCAGAGUUUAUUUUUGGGAAGCGUGCGUUUACCGAGGAGGAGGGAAUGCAAUGAGCUCUUUUGUAUAAUACCGCCGACUGUAUAUUUCCUCAGUUCUGUUAUAGUAGCUCUGUAAAGAAAAUAAGGAGUUUUCUUACCUUCAACAUAGUAGUAUUACAGUGGGUGACGUAUUUAUCCUCCACGUGGAUUGUAGUGAGGAUUCCACGCGGCUUUAGUAGCUAUCAUACGGAAAGCUUGUCAGACACUCGUGGGACAGCUGGCAUCUUCUCUCUCAUGCACACGGACACACAGACACGCAGACACGCACUCACACACCCCACGUACUCUUCCUCUCUCCUCUUCUUUCUGAAGAAGUUGCAACUCAAGCUGCCUGAAGAACUGUUUCCUGAACGAUUUCUCCAAGCUGAGCUGGAACGCAGCCCCGGGAGCAGCCCCUCAUCUCUGGCUCAAGGAAGAGGCGAGCAGCUUAGAGGAGACCAGAUUGGCGAGUGUACCUUCUUGCAGCAGCGUAGGAUAGCACAGAUCCCUCGCCUGAACAACCAAGGGUAGAUCUUUCUUUUAUUCUAUUCUUAGGAGAACCAACGGGGUCAUUUCUAGUAACUUCUUUUCCAGUUCUUGAAGGGGCUGUUUUCAUUCCAUUCAAGACUUGCUUGUGGAAGGAAUUUGAAGCAUACCAUACGUGUGAGCAAAUGCAAGAGGCUUUUGUUUUUUGUUUCUCAGUUUAUAAUGCAAUUGAAAAACCAGACACUACUGUAUUUGAGUUUUGCAGACCCAAGUACAUUUUUAAGUCACAAAUAGCUUCGGUCACUAGGACCAUCCUCGGCUCGUUCUGCACACAGCCUUCCCGUGUUGACGCAUGGUGUGCCCACAGACACUGUUUUUUCCAUUGACCACUUUGCUGCUGUGAUCUAAAGUCAACCUGGCCGCAGGAUCUGGUGACUGACUUUCCAUUUUCCUUCGGCCAUUUCUGAGCUGUGGGCACUGACCACGUUUACAUGAGCAUUUCUGUUGUCAGAUCUUCCUGGCGGUUUUGUAUUUCCACUCUCAGUUGGGGCAAACCUUUUUGUGCUCCUGAGGGCCAGCAGUGCCAGGCUGGUUUCUUACAAGCCCAGCCUCCCGUGGCUUUCAGGAUGACAGGUUCAUUUCUUGCCAUCAUUUCUCUGAGCCCGCCCAAGGAGAGAAGGGCUUCCUGAGGCUCCGGAGCUUGUCUCCUCCCCAUCCCAGCCUACGUGGAUCCACUUCCAAGCUGUGCCCGUGCCCCAGGCCAGCUCUGGGCAGCACAGUGGAGGAGGAGCCCUUGUUUUGAGGCAUUUUUCCCUUUUUGAGCCGAUAGCUUCUUCCUUUCGGGUGCCGGUGUCAUGACACGGCCCCGCUGGCACUGGCUGGCAGUACACGAGUAACCAUGUGUUUUUUACUUUCGAUACGGAACAUUCCUUUUUUAUUAGUCUCAGUCAUGUAUUCAUUCCAUUCUUCCUUUUGUAAACUUUUUGGGCCCACGUCUUUUAUGGGCAUUGAUAUAUAUAAAUAUAUAUAUAAAUAUAUAUGAAUAUAUUUUUUUAAGUUUCCUACACUUUGAGGUUGCAUGGUCCGUAAGGUUGGCAUGUCUUUAUAUUGUAUACAGAUUUUGCACGCCAAACUUGGCAGCUUUGAAAACGAGGAAAAAAAAAAAAAAAGAAAGAAAAAAGGGAAAAAAAAAAGAAAAACAACAAAAAGUUGCGUUGGAUUUUUUGGUUUUGUUUUGUUUCGUUUUUCCUUUUUUUGUGGUUUUUGUUGUUGUUGUUGGGUUUUUUUUUCCUCUCGUGGCAUUUGCGGAGACUGAGGUUGGGACGUCGUUGUCGCACGCACGCACCCGCACCCACACACACACACACACACACACACACACAAAGGAAGGAGAGUGGGAAACGUUUUUUCACAUCUUACUGAACGUAAGAACUCGUGCUUUUUGUUGUUAAGAGAGAGUAAAUUAAAAAGGACUACUUAACCAUUUCUCGUUUGAAGAAGAAGAAAAAGACGUUUAUCUAGCACUUGUGACUUACCAAUAAUAGAGUUUAUUGUAUUUAUGUGGAAACAGUGUUUGUAGGGAAGCUACGCAGAACACACAAAGUUAACUGCCUGUGUCAUUAAUUUCUUUUUAAUUUGGUUGGGUAUUUGAUUUUGAUUUCUUGGCUGGGCGGGGAGGUUGGAUGCAACCCUUUGUCAACACACGCAGUCAUUAAUUCUGAGGUGAUGGAUGCCGAGGACUUUAAAGAGUUAACUCUGCAGCACAGCUGUGUUAACCUUUUUAGAAUUACUUUGACAUGAUGUCUUGCUAGGUUUCACUUUAAGCAGUCGUGUACUGUGCAACACUGUGGUUUGAAACGAGACUUUACAUCGAAAGGAAAUCACGUUUCUUCAUUGUCGCGAAGUUGAGCUCGUUCUCAGCUCAUCUUCACUUUGUCUUUGAUAUUGAUGAAAAAGUAUCCUAUUGAAAGAAAAUAAAUUAACACUUUUCUGUGCUCCAUAGUGGAGGCGCUAUUUUCCAAUUUAUGAGGAUGACAAACUUAUAUAUAUAAUAUAUAUAUAAAAGUGGGGGGAGGGGUUGAAACAUUAUUCACCCAAGAGCUUAUUACAGAUAUGUAGUAUCAAAAAGUUGUAACUAUAUUAUAUUCUACUUUAUACCUAUACAUGCUCAGUAUGACGUCACCAUUGGUAGCAGCUACCGGUUUACGCUGUAAUGUAGACACAAUUUCACUCUUAUUGUAUGGACCCUUCUUUAAGUGAUGGUAGCAUUCUUUGUGCUAAAUUUUCUGAUGGUCCUUUGUUUUACUUGAUGGAGUUGGAAUAUUUUUCUCACUCUUGUUUUUGCUUGUUAUUUUGUUUUUUUUGUUUGUUUUUUUUUUCUCUUUUCUCUCUUUUUGGUUUUGUGGGGGGUUUUUUUUGUUGUUGUUGUUGUUGGUUUCUUUUUUUGUUUUGUUUUGUUUUUUUAACUGGCCAAUGGUGUCUUUCUCUGACAUUACCGACUUCAAUUUCAACUUUAUUAGGAGUCCAGUAUUUUGUACCACAUUAUGACAACUUGUUAUUCUUGUGGUGUAAAUAAAAAGAAAAAGUUAAUUAUAGUAA